UUGUUUAGGAAGAAGCGAAAGCCACGGCAGUUUUUUUUGUUCAAUGACAUAUUGAUUUAUGGCAAUAUUUUAAUAUCGAAGAAGCGUUACAACAAACAGCAUAUUAUUCCUUUAGAAGAGGUGCAGUUAGAGGAUCUCAGAGAUGAUGGCGACUUGAAGAAUGGGUGGUUGAUAAAAACACGUACUAAGUCCUUUGCCGUAUACGCUGCAACAGCCACCGAAAAGAAGGAAUGGAUGCUUCAUAUUGAGAGAUGUGUGAGCGAUAUCCUAACAAAAGGUGGCAAAAAACCUGCAACGGAACAUGCAGCCGUUUGGACACCUGACAAUGAUGCUCCUAUUUGCAUGGCUUGUCAAAAGACACAGUUUUCUGUUUUGCAACGAAGACAUCAUUGCCGAGCCUGUGGAAACGUUGUGUGUGCGGCUUGUUCCUCGCAUACCCACCAUGUUUCAGGUGUUAGUAAGCGUUCUGUCCGAGUUUGCGAUCGAUGUUUCUUAAAAUUAACUGAGAAGAGUAGUGCUAAUGCAGAAAGCAAUGUUAUUGGCAGAACGGGUUUGAAUGAAUCUAGUGAAUCUGAUGAAGAAGAUAAGAAUGCCCAGUUUGAUCAUCAGGUUUACUUUUGCAGAAUACCAACUUUCUACAAUAGCAGUAAUAUUGGGAAGCUAGUAGAUGGACCAACGGCAGAUUUAAAUCAUUCAGCUGGAAGUCCCCCGCGCCUUUGGCAAACAUGA